GUCACAUUCACACACGAACCUCACACCGUUUUAGUUUCGGCGUGGACCGUGUGAACGCUUCGUUCUGGAUAUCGGCUCUCUUUCUGGAUUAGUAGGCGAGUGGUGCACCCGUUUUAUUCGACGGCUCCACCCGGUGUGCGGUGCUCAGUGACACAUCCAGAGUUUUAUUGGAUUGUCCGCCAGCGGCGGGAGAGGACAGCGCUUACCCCACACGGAGCUAGGACAAAGGGACGGAAAAAUACUAAGAAACCUUUAAAGUGGACCGAGAGAGGAGUGAAAAUGGUUGACUGUCUUCUCACAUUUGUGUUCGGACUUUUAAUGCUCGGUGGAUGCUUGGCCAGGGUGGUGACUGUGUCUCCUGGCCCAUUAAUCCGGGUAGAGGGACAGCCUGUCUCCAUCAGAUGUGAUGUUAAUGAAUACGGGGGCCCUCGUGAGCAAGAUUUUGACUGGAGGAUGUCCAGAGAUGGUGAGCAGAUGAUAAAUAUAAUCUCCACCUUUGAUACCAGCUAUUCUCACUCUUCGCUCAGUAAACGUGUGGCGUCUGGUGACAUUUCUGUGGAGAGGCUCCAAGAUAACGCAGUGGAACUGAAGAUAGCAGAAGUGAAAAUGCUGGAUGCCGGUGUUUACUCAUGUCAGACUCCGAGUACAGACUCUGUCAUCAGCGGCAACUACCAAGCUCAAGUCCAGCUUACAGUCAUUGCCAACACCCUCACAGUCUCACCUCAGACUCCACCCUCAGUUGUCCCAGAAGGAAGUGAUGUCAAGCUCUCCUGCACAGUCACCCGUGAACUCACCCACCCCACUUACCUCUCUGUUACCUGGUCUCUUAAGAAGGGCACAACAUCAGAGGAAAUUUUAUCAUUUGGCCCUCAGGGAGAUGUGGUUACAGGGCAAAAGUUUACCCGACGAUAUGCUGAUGGAGGCAUCAGAUUGGUUCCUGGGAAGAAUGGAUUGUUUGAGCUGGUGAUCUCCAGAGUGACUGUGUCUGAUGAAGGGAUUUAUGAAUGCAGCGGAAUGGAAUGGACCCAUGAAAAUGGGGGGAAAUGGGUGAAGAUAGUGGAGAGCAAGAAAGAGAUGGGAACUGUUGCUGUCACUCCAACUGGUCAAUCACUCAGUGUCAAGGCUUUUUCUUCUGUGUCUCCACACUCUUCGUCUUUGGUCCUCUCCCUUGGUGACACAUUGACCCUGCUCUGCUCUGUUACUGCUGACAACUUGCCUUCCCUUGCCCUAGAAGUGACAUGGUUGGCCGAUGGUCAUGAUAUCAUCACUAUGGACCGCAGUGGGCUUGUGGUUUCAAACACAUCCACAAGUGAAGCAAGAGUAAGUGGAGGAGAUGUGAGCCUGGAGCGAACAGGCCCUGGGGACUUCAGGCUGGCGGUGAGGGGAGCAAGCGGAGAGGAUGGAGGGCUGUACACCUGCCGAGUCAGAGCCUUCAUUGAAAGGGGAAGAACCACUGGAGGAGGAGGGGGGAGGUGGCACAUGGCCACUGAGAAGACGUCCACCCCCGUGACGGUGAAAGUGGCACAGAUAAAGCCAAACUUCACAUUGAGCCUAGAAGUACUCCAGAAUCCCAAGCUGACAGCUGAGCCUACAGAGCUGGCAUGCCAUGUGACCGAUAUUGCACAUUUACCUCUUGAAGGUCGACUUGGGGUUUCCUGGGAGCACACCCCACUUCCUGGUACUGGGAAUGAUUCUCAGACCUCAUAUUCUGUUGGAUUACUGGACGGCAAUGGUAAUCUUUUGGCUGGUGCAACAUAUUCUGACAGGCUGGAGAGUGGCCUCAUGUCACUGACCAGAGUCCAGCCCAAUACAUUCAAACUGAGAAUUCUCCACACACAGGAGAGAGACAUGGGCCAUUACGUGUGUACCGUGACGUCUUGGACUGUUAACAGCCAGGGUGACAUGGUGAGGACUAAUGAGCAUCAGAGUUCACCCCUCACUAUAAGAUGGACUCCAAAAAGUCCAACACUGAACGUUGUAGCUUUAGGCAUCCGCGAAGCAUCAGUGGGCGGGGCUACCUUUGAAAUGAGCUGCACUAUGGCAACCGAAAACCUUGGGGAUGUGGGCUACUCAGUCCUGAUCCAAUCACAAGAGAGUCUGCAGAGCCCCAUCAGAACCAUCAUGACGCUCAGCCCUGACAAUGUGCUGCAGCAUGGAGGAGCAACAGACCCCAACAGGAGAGAUGGUCUUGUUCUAACAAAGUCUGGUGCAACAGAGUUUCGGUUCCGUCUGUCAGGUGUGCAGUUGUCCGACCGUGGUUUCUACUGGUGCGAUAUUACAGCGUGGACAAAACAGCUGGGACAAAGUUGGACCAGAGCCAUCAGUGCAGAGUCUAACAAAGUCAAGAUCGACUUUCAAGAAAAUGGCCCAUCUUUCUUCAUAGCCAUCCAAUCAGAUGCCAGCAGUGUUUAUCCAUGGGACACGGCCAAGAUGAAGUGUUCGCUCAGCAUCUCUGGAUCCUCACCAAAGACCGAUGACUUGGUGUAUGAAGUACAUUGGUUUUUCACAAGAUUGCGUGGAGGAGACACUGCGACCCAACUGGCCAGCAUCGACAGAUUUGGUGUCGUGAGAAAGGAAGUUCGUAACUCCUCCAGUGACAUUUCAGUGGAACGCAGAGAUGCCCACACCUACAUGUUGAACAUUCAUGGCACUCAGGACAGUGACAGCGGUGAGUACCACUGUACUGCCACUCCAUGGUACCUGUCCGCCUCAACAGGAGCCUGGACUCAGGCUGGAGAGCUCACAUCAUCCCGGAUAUUCCUCUCAGUCCGCUUUGCUGUGUGGGACUCCCUGAAGUUACCUCUCUUAUACGGUGCAUCAGCCUCACUAGGUGUGGGUCUCUUCUCCCUGGUUCUGGGUCUGGUUUGCGCCCAGUGUUGCUGUCGCAACACCACACACACUCCUCGCUCCCGCAACAAACUCAUGGACCUGGAGAUGGACUGACAAACAAUUUCCCCCCUGCACACACACUGCAGCGCUCACAGGAAACACUACACACACAACAGACACACAUCUAUAGAUGAUUUCUGGGACACUCAGUUAUUUCCAAUGGAUGGACAUUGGGAGUAAGUUGAUAAAUCGCUAAGGAAUUGGAAUCUUUUUGGAGUGCUUUCAGAGGGGCUCAGGAUUUCUUCAUCGCCACAGUGGAGAUUCUGGCUUUUGGUUUUUGCCUUUGAGACUUUUGUUUCUCUGAAGGUCCAGUGAAAUCUGUGCCACCCCCACUGGGUUUUAUGCAGACGUAUUUGCUCCCAGUCACAAGAUGUGACAGCAGGGACGUACCAGAGUUUAGUCUUUUUAAAGAAUGACAAGUUUGUCAGACGUCACUGCCAUUUCACUGCUACAGUAACCUUUGGGAAAACCAUAAUGGACCACAACAGACCUGCUGCCACUGUAGACACUAGGAAUAACAAAUGAAGAGCUCAGGCUGGACUACUUGCUUUUUUCUUUUUUGUAUGCCAAGGCUCAAUGUAAAGUGCAGCCAUUUUGUGUCACCCAUGGGCCCAGUGAAAUCACCUGUUCAAUUUUCUUUUUUAGGAAACAUGGAUAAUUCAGGAGAUAUUGGCCGAAGUGGAAUAUCAUGUUCAGACUGUAUAUCGUUGCGUGGUGCGGCACCACCCGGAGGCUGUGUUCAGUCUUCGGCGUUACAUCACUGCCCUCACACGAAAGCUGUUGUGUAUUUGCUGUGAACAACUGUUUAGGCAUGGAGCCUGAAUCUUAUUUCAGUGGAGACCAUGUUCACCUCCAGCAGGUGUCACCUGAACAGAAUCCUCCCAGUGCUUUCAACUAGAGAGCUAUUGCACUACAAGUACCAGCCCAGAGUAUUCCUACCUUAAAAAAGUGAACAUUAUUUACCUUUAUUCAACAGCUCUAGUUGUUUUUUAAUAAGAGAUUUUAAAAGGAGACAUUUUUUAAGCUUUACAAAUAAAUAUGCAGUUAGUGUGUUGGUGUGUGAGAUAUAUUCUACAUGGUGCCAAUAUUUGUACUAAUAAAGGUGUGCUCGGUUUAUGUCAACAAAUCAACACUUGAACAGCCACAGUACUGUGGUGCCAUCAAGCAUUCUUCUUUUAUAAAUAUUCAAAUGUGUAUUCGCCUGAUGUUUUGGGAGUCUUGUGGAUUUCAUGCGUUGUGUGAGUGUUGUAUUGCAGGACGUAAGAAACUAAGAGGCGCAUGUUUUAUUUUACAUCUCUGGAAUGAUGUCACUACCAAGCAACAGAAGACUUCCGGCAAGAGUCCUGGAGAACGUGCAGGUUUUCUAACUCAUUUCCACACUGCUCUGGGCUCUUACUUUUCUGUUGUGACUGCCAACCACAUGGUCACGUCUGUUAUGAUGUCUGAGUUUGCUCAUCCUAUGAGGAUGAGCUUAUGACAUAAUGAAGCCCCUGGUCCAUUGUGUUUAUAGAGCCAGAUACCUUUGCAGGAGAAUGACUGUCCAAGUCCUUUAGUGUCCUGGUGCUUCCUGUGUUACUAUAUGGUUGUGAGACAUAGAUGUUAACCACUGACUUGAGCAUGUUCAUGUUUUGUACCAGGUGUCUUUGGAGAAUUUUUAGGUACCGUUGAAAUUUCUUUGUGUCAAGUGAACGGUACUCAGGGAGAUUAUCACUUAUAUUGUGAGGGAACAUCCACUAUGACAUCUUGGUCAUGUAGUGCCUUUCUCAGGGCAUGGUCCAGCUUGUGGGUGCCUCAUUGUUGAGGACCCCAGAUACUGGAAAAGGCCAAGAGGACCUUCACAUUUCUCCUGGCUGUGGCAGACAGAUUGCUACUCUUGGAAGGCUGUCUGCUAAGGUCAUUGUCGAUCAGGACCUGUGUUGGAUGCGCCAUGUGGCACCAGUGCACGUUUCCAGACCUGACCUGUUUACGGUUCCUGAUUCAGACAAGAAGAUCAGUCAACUCAACAUAUGUUUAAAGUCCACGUGUGCUGAGCUUACUUUUAAUACCAAGGAUGACACCAGGGAGACUUUACUAGUUUAUUUCUUGCUCAAAUGAAACGGUAAACCUUCCAACAACUGCAAAGCAAUCGUAUUUGUAUUUUUUUUUUUUUUUUUUU